GGACGAAAGCGACGACCAGUCCUUCUCACCAACAAACCUGAUGUCCUCCACACCCCCCUCAGCAAUCGAUCUCCCCUCGCCCAUCCAGACAAUCCACCCCACGGAAACCCAGGCCCAGCUCCCAAAGCGCAAGGCCUCCUCCAUCUCAACCUCAACUCGCUACUCCUCCUCCCCAGAACUCCCCCCACAACAGCAACAAGCACGCAAGCCUCGCAGCGCAGCAAACAAAGAUGACACGGCGCGAGGCCGCAACGCCGCCAAACGCGCCGCCCACAACAUCAUCGAGAAGCGCUACCGCACCAACAUGAACGCCAAGUUUGUGGCACUGGAGAAGGCCAUGGCUGUGAAGCCGGCCGGCGUGUCCAAGCCUGUCACGACAACCGCUUCAACCGGGGUGAAGUCGUCCGCGUCGCUGAAGAAAUCCGAGAUCCUGAGCAAUGCCAUCACGUACAUGCAAGAGCUCCAGGAUGCGAAUGAGCGGUUACGCAAGGAGAUUCUAACGCUGAAUCGCGACCGGAGGGGAUAUUGCUAGGCUUUCCAUUUUAUAUUCAUUUUAUUGGUGUUUUUGUUUACUUAACUGGGCGACUACUGACUUGCUCCGGGUUUUGUCUGACUGACUCAGUCGUGCUUCUUGUACUAUAUAUUCUUUUUUUCCUGGUUUAUCAGCGAUAGACCUUCUCCUAUCUGGCGUUUCUCUGGUCGGUCGGUGCAUGCAUUGGAUACCCGGAAAAGUUCUGUUUUGCCUCUGGUCUUAUAACUGGCCUCUCUACUUCAUUCAUAUUCAGGAGUUGCUGCAUUCUACAUACUGCAUAUCGACUGAUACACUAUACCG